AUGCCUAGGGAACUUGAUGGUUGUACAGGGGCUAUGUACAUGAAGCUUGGCACAAAGCACCCAGAGUCCAACACAGCUGGGAAUGAUAUAUUUGCAAAGUUCUCAGCCUACAUCAAGAACUCUAAGCCAGAAGCUAACGAGGCUCUGGAAAAAGGCCUGCUGAAAACACUGCAGAAGCUGGAUGAGUAUUUGAACACACCCCUCCCUGAAGAGAUUGACGCUGACAGCAUGGAGGAUGUCAAGGCUUCCAGCCGCAAGUUUCUGGACGGAAAUGAGAUGACGCUAGCAGACUGCAAUCUGCUGCCGAAGCUUCACAUUGUCAAGGUUGUAGCAAAGAAAUACCGGAACUUUGACAUUCCCAAAUCCAUGAUGGGAAUCUGGCGAUACCUGCAGAAUGCUUACACCAGGGAUGAAUUCACAAAUACCUGUCCUGGAGACAAAGAAAUCGAAAUUGCUUAUGGAGAUGUAGCAAAACGCCUCAGCAAGUGAUGAUGGACAAGGCCAGCACCGAGCAUUCACUAACAGAAAAGCUUUUGUUAACAGACUACGCUUUUACUUUUAUUGCAUGGUUUUACAAGUUGUCAGAUAUUUUAUAUUUUCCAUUGGAUUAUAACUUCAGGUAUCUCAGUUCUUACUUUUUUAUAUAAAUAUAUAUAUAUUUUAGGAAGGGUUUUCAAGGUUCAGUAAACUAAGCAAGCAGUUGUCCAAGUGAGCAGAAGCACUUAGCAAUUGAUAUCCAUCAGAUGUUGACUACUUGAUAUCGAAAGAAAAGAUGUUAUAGGAACCUGUGCCUUUAAGACCUUGUGCUGUGAAAGAUCAUUCUAUAAUAUGAAAAAUAACAAAAGAAAAUUGCUCAGUUUUGAUCAUAUUUACACACAGGUACACAAAUAUAUUUUAUCUUCAAAUAUUAACAGAUUAAAGUUGCCUUCUUGGUCAGUAUCACAUUGGUUAACAGAAGGAUCCAAACGUAAGUGCCACCAUACAGUAAGCAAGUAACCUUGAAAGCCCUAAUUGUAGUAUUAUGGAAUAAAUACACAUACAAACACUGAACAUAAUAAGUUACAGUAUUCCGCUGAACAGUUUUAUCAUUGUAUUUAUAAUGCUGCAAUAAUCCUCAAAUCUUUGACUGCUUAAUCAUAAGUAAAAUAUUCCCAUUUUCCCUAUUGUUAAACUUCAUUCCAAACUAUUAUGACACAUUUUAUUGUUUCGUUUUGUUUUUUUUACAAUAUCUUGAUAAAUUAACAAAAAAAUUAGUUUGCCCUGAAUUCAUAUUAUUAAGAAAAGGGUGGCUGAGCAAAGAUUAAACAAAAUCAACACUGAAGUAAAAAUUGUGACUAGUGGCUGUAGCGGGCGAUGCAAUAGCCAGUUUUAUAGAAUUUUUUAUAAGUUUUUGUUAAGUGGACAUUAUUGUUCUUACACAGGUACACAAACUCAAGACAAUAAAUCUGGAUUAAUAGCUC